CUUUUUCCUCUUUUACUUUUUGAUGGAUAGGCAAGGAAGAUGCAUGGUGCCCCUCAAAAGAAAGGUAAUGAUAGUCCAAAAGUUUCAGAAGCAAGAGAGGAUUCCAUAUCAACAACAUAUCAACAACAAAAUAAAUUCACAUCUUUGGAGGAUUGUCAAGAGUCUUCUCUUCCAAAGAUUAACCCUGAUAGUAGGUGUGCCAUCAUUACAAUCCUUUACAGUGAGGAUCAUGGAAUCUGGAAAGCUUUUGACGUACCAGUGCAGAUUUCCCAUCACAUUAACUUAGCUUCUGCUGUAACUAUGGAUGGUCUGCAACUUCUAAUCCCUCCAACGAUUAAUAGGUUGAAGAUUGAUCAAUGUAAAGGGCCUAGAGUGCCUCUUCCUCCCUAUGCUUAUUCAGCAAAAUCAUGUACAAAGAAAGGCUUUACUGGUUCAAAUGUGCACCGUCGAUGCCAAAACAAGAUUGCUAACAGAGCUUCUAAACUGAAUGAACACCCUGACAAUUCUUGUUCUCAAAGUUCAAUAGUCUGUGGCCCUGCCUUGUUCCCUGGUAAUUCUACUACAGUUAAUUCAUCUGAUAAGGGCACAAGUCAUUCCAAGGAAGAUGACAAAUCUUUAAAGAAAAACUCAAGAAAAAGGGUUAGAAAGAAAGAUAGACGGAGUAAGAAGAAGUCAAGUGACAGUGGCAUUACUGAACAUGAAGUUCUUAAUGAGGAAUAUGUCUCUGAGGGGAUGUCAAAAGCCUUUGCUCCUAUUGUUCAAAGUUCCGCUGGAGAAUGUGCCACAUUUGAAUCCAAGAACCAGCUCCAAGAUAGGGGCACUGAUUUUGCAGUCAUUGAUAGAGAAAUAAAGGACAUCCAACAUGUUGAGCCAUGCUGUUUUAAUGAUAUACAAGACUCUUUGGUGCUGGAUUCAGUUUCAGUUGGUUCCAGAAGUGAUGAAAGUAUCAAUGCUGUUGGUAUAGGAAAACAGUCCAACAAGGCAAAUUGCACAAACACUUCAGAUUCGGGAGAUGGAUAUUUUCUUGGUCCAAACUUAACGAAUGGUAUUCACAAAAACUGUGAACAUGCUGAGGGGAUUAAGCAUGGUGGUCAAAAUUGCAUCAGUAAUGAUAAAAGAGUCAAGCAGAAGAGAACAAUGUCAAAGAGUUCAAGCUUAAACAAAUUUGGGGGCAUUGGAGUUUUGCAUGGUCGAAAAGGAAAGGAAAACAGUCAUUCCGUGUGGCAAAAGGUUCAGAAGAACAGUUCUGAUGAAUGUAGUGGUGAUUUGAAGAAAGUGAACACUACUUUGUCACAAAUUGAUUCUACUGUGGAAAAGGAUCCUUCAGUUAUCAAAGAUUGUAGUUCUGUUGGUGUAAAUGGUGUAUCAAAAACUGAGGAUAAGAAACACUUGAAAAAUAAAAUUGGUAGGAAAUCAAAAGGUAAAAUGGAUUCAGUUUCAAAAAAGGGACAAGGCAAUUAUUCUAAGAAAAAUUUCCAUUUUAACAAGUCUUUGCCAAAUGAUCAUGGGAAGGUUAGUGUUCAAAAGAUUGAUAUGUUGAAUAUCUCAUCUGAUGAAAUUGAUCAACAAGGAUUGAACAUUGUCUCUGGAUUUAAUUCUGAUAUUAAUUGCCUGAUGGAUGGGGUUCAGACCAAUGGAUUUGAACAGGUAACAUCUGAAAUAGUUCAAAGCACACAAAUCUGUCUGGAGGAGUCAGAUCCACAAAAGGGUGCCUGUCAUACAAUUGUAAACACAAACAGUGAAAAUGUAGACAUUGAAGAUAGCUCAUUGGUAAUGCCAGGUGAGAACUUCAAUCAAUCAAAUAUGUCCGAGCAGCUGUCUCCAGUGUCUUGUAAUCUUGAAGGUGAUGAGGUUGGUCAAACAGAGAAAGAAGUUUCUUCUGCAGACUACUAUGCACAAAACCACAGUUCUGGACCUACCCUAUGGAAAUGGAUACCAGUCAGCAAAAAGGAUACAGGGUUGGAAAAAUCUGAAUCUAAUAGUUCACCACCAGAAUAUUCUGAUACAUCCUCUAGUAACAAUUUCAACUCUGAAAGCAGCGCUGAACCGGAAGUAGCCUCUUCUGAAAAUCUGGAUUCUUCACUAAAUGCAAGCAGAACAUGCUCCGGCCAGAUUUACAACAAAGUGUCUUGUCCAGAUGAGAAGAAACAUAAAAUGGGUAGUCAGGUUGCAUGUGCAUUCACAGAGCACAGGAACAAGCAUAAAGUUGCUAAUCACAUUCUUUUUGAAUGUGAAAAUCCAGAGAUGUUAGAAAAUGAUUCUUACAGAAUAGCUCAAGCCGUGAAUGAUGCUUGCAUGGCACAACUAGCUUGUGAGACUGUACACAUGGCUACUGGUGGUCCAGUUGCAGAGUUUGAAAGACUACUUUAUUUUUGUAGUCCUGUUAUUUGUAAAUCACUCAAUUCACUUGGUUGCUCAUCCUGCUCAUGCAACCAUGCUAGUGGUGUCUCACUGUGUAGACAUGAGAUCCCUAACCUAUCUUUGGGAUGCCUCUGGCAGUGGUAUGAAAAACAUGGGAGCUAUGGGUUAGAGAUUAGGGCUCAGGAUCUUGAAAAUCCAAAAAGAGAAGGAAGUGUUGGUGAUUUCCCAUUUCGUGCCUACUUUGUCCCUUCUUUAUCAGCAGUUCAGCUGUUUAAGAACCGUGAAAACCAAUGCAUAAACAGCAGUGACAAGCUUCCAAAUUGUGAGGAUUCAGAGGCAUGUGAAAUGGUUGACAUUUCAGAAAACUCAUCUACUGCCAGUCAACAUUCUAUAUUUUCUGUUCUCUUUCCUCAACCUCGCAAUCAGGAGGCAUGCAUUCAACCACCAAAGGAGACAGCUUCUAUCAAUAAUGUAUCUAUUCCGUCUAUCAACUCAACAUGCUCUGGUGAUGUAGAACUUCUUUUUGAAUAUUUUGAACUUGAGCAGCCUCAACAAAGACAACCUCUGUAUAAAACCAAUAACUUUACAAGAACCUACAGAGGUUGUCUUUGUUGA